AGACCCCGGCUCCUCAUGGAUGCUCCCGAGCUGGGCCCGGGGCUGGUGGAGCGUCUGGAGCAGUUGGCGACGUGUCCGCUGUGCGGGGGCCCUUUCGAGGACCCGGUGCUUCUGGCGUGUGAGCACAGCUUCUGCCGCGCGUGUCUGGCCCGCUGCUGGGGGACCCCGCCGACGACCGGCGCCGAGGCUUCAGCCACCGCCUGCCCUUGCUGCGGCCUGCCGUGCCCCCGCCGCUGCCUGAGAUCUAAUGUGCGGCUGGCGGUGGAGGUGCGGAUCAGUCGCGGGCUGCGGGAGAAGCUGGCAGAGCCUGGGGCCCGCGCGGGGAGACGUCGAGGGGGCCGCAUCCCUACCAUGGGCUGCCUAGACCCGCAUGCAGAGGAUAUAAGGAAGACAUGGAGGCGAUUUGAUGUCCCAACACCCAAAUCAUCUAACUCAGAGGAUGGUCUUCCUGAAGAUUACCCAGUGGUCAAAAACAUGCUUCAUAGACUGACAGCUGACCUGACCCUGGACCCUGGCACCGCACACCGCCACCUGCUCAUCUCUGCGGACUGCCGCAGCGUCCGAGUGGCCCCACCCGGGACACCCACACCUCCUGAUGGCCCUACACGCUUUGACCAGCUCCCCGCUGUGCUGGGCGCACAGGGUUUUGGUGCUGGCCGCCACUGCUGGGAGGUGGAGACCACGGACACCACCUGCUGCACAGAUUCUUCUGGAGAGGAUGAGGACGACGGGGAGAGCCGCUAUGCUGUAGGGGCGGCAGGGGAGUCAGUGCAACGCAAAGGUCGCGUGAAGCUGUGCCCUGCGGGGGCCGUGUGGGCUGUGGAGGGCCGUGGUGGCCGUCUCUGGGCCCUCACCGCACCCGAGCCCACCCUGCUGGGCGGUGCCAGGCCCCCACCGCGGCGCAUUCGCGUGGACUUGGAUUGGGAGCGGGGCCGAGUGGCCUUCUACGACGGCCGCUCACUGGACCUCCUCUUCGCCUUCCAGGCACCCGGUCCCCUGGGGGAGCGCAUAUUCCCUCUGUUCUGCACCCGUGAUCCCCGUGCCCCGCUGCGCAUUGUGCCAGCCGAAGGCUGA